UCUAAUCUUAACCCCAAAAAAAAAAAUACUCCAAAUCUUUUUAGCUUUCAAUUUUCUAUCUCUCUCAUAUAUCUCCGCCACCCCUGUUUUUCUCUUUCUAUCUAUCUCUCCACCAUUUUCACCUGUUUUUUGCUGUGUUUAUGGAAUGACUGAAUACAGCUUGCCCACCAUGAAUUUGUGGAACAAUAGUACUAGCGAUGAUAACGUUUCUAUGAUGGAAGCUUUUAUGUCUUCUGAUCUUUCUUUUUGGGCUACUAAUACUACUAAUUCUACUUCUGCUGCUGUGGUUGGUGUCAAUUCAAAUCUUCCUCAUACUAAUAAUAAUACUCCCUCUGUUUUUGCUCCAUCUUCUUCUACAUCUGCGUCUACUUUAUCCGCAGCUGCGACUGUGGAUGCUUCCAAAUCUAUGCCGUUUUUCAACCAAGAAACCCUUCAGCAGCGUCUUCAAGCUCUUAUUGAUGGUGCUAGAGAGACGUGGACUUAUGCUAUCUUUUGGCAAUCGUCGGUUGUUGAUUUCUCAAGUCCGUCUGUGUUGGGUUGGGGAGAUGGUUAUUACAAAGGGGAAGAAGAUAAAGCCAAGAGGAAAUUAUCGGUUUCAUCACCUGCUUAUAUUGCUGAGCAGGAGCACCGGAAGAAGGUUCUACGGGAGCUGAAUUCGUUGAUUUCCGGGGCACCACCUGGAACGGAUGAUGCUGUUGAUGAAGAAGUUACCGACACCGAAUGGUUCUUUCUUAUCUCCAUGACGCAAUCGUUUGUGAAUGGAAGUGGUCUUCCUGGUCAGGCGUUGUAUAGUUCCAGUCCGAUUUGGGUCGCCGGAACUGAGAAAUUGGCAGCUUCACACUGUGAACGUGUUAGGCAAGCACAAGGGUUCGGGCUUCAGACUAUUGUCUGUAUUCCUUCAGCUAACGGCGUGGUUGAAUUGGGCUCGACGGAGUUGAUUGUUCAAAGUUCUGAUCUUAUGAACAAGGUUAGAGUAUUGUUUAACUUCAGUAAUGAUUUGGGUUCUGGUUCAUGGGCUGUGCAGCCGGAGAGCGACCCAUCGGCGCUUUGGCUCACUGAUCCAUCGUCCUCGGGCAUGGAAGUUAGAGAGUCUUUAAAUACAGUUCAAACAAAUUCAGUUCCAUCUAGUAAUAGUAAUAAGCAAAUUGCUUAUGGAAAUGAGAAUAAUCAUCCAUCUGGAAAUGGUCAGAGUUGUUACAAUCAGAAGAAUCCUCCUCAGCAACAAACCCAAGGAUUCUUCACGAGGGAGUUGAAUUUUUCGGAAUUCGGUUUCGAUGGAAGUAGUAAUAGGAAUGGAAAUUCAUCGGUUUCUUGCAAGCCUGAAUCAGGAGAAAUCUUGAAUUUUGGUGAUAGUACUAAAAAAAGUGCUUCCAGUGCCAAUGUGAACUUGUUUACAGGUCAGUCCCAAUUUGGGGCUGGGGAGGAGAAUAUUAACAAUAAGAACAAGAAAAGAUCAGCUACUUCCAGGGGAAGCAAUGAAGAAGGAAUGCUUUCAUUUGUUUCAGGUACAAUUUUGCCUUCUUCGGGCAUGAAGUCAGGUGGAGGCGGAGGCGAAGACUCUGAACAUUCAGAUCUCGAGGCUUCAGUGGUGAAAGAAGCUGAUAGUAGUAGAGUGGUAGAACCGGAGAAGAGGCCAAGGAAGCGAGGUAGAAAGCCAGCGAAUGGACGGGAGGAGCCAUUGAAUCACGUCGAGGCAGAGAGGCAAAGGAGGGAGAAAUUGAACCAAAGAUUCUACGCGCUUAGAGCUGUUGUACCAAAUGUGUCUAAGAUGGACAAGGCAUCACUUCUUGGAGAUGCUAUUUCCUAUAUAAACGAGUUGAAAUCGAAGCUUCAAAAUACAGAGUCAGAUAAAGAAGACUUGAAGAGCCAAAUAGAAGAUUUAAAGAAAGAAUCAAGGCGCCCCGGUCCUCCUCCACCACCAAAUCAAGAUCUCAAGAUGUCUAGCCACACUGGAGGCAAGAUUGUAGACGUGGAUAUAGACGUUAAGAUAAUCGGAUGGGAUGCAAUGAUUCGUAUACAAUGUAAUAAAAAGAAUCAUCCAGCCGCAAGGCUAAUGGCAGCGCUCAUGGAAUUAGACCUAGACGUGCAUCAUGCCAGUGUUUCAGUUGUCAACGAUUUGAUGAUCCAACAAGCCACAGUGAAAAUGGGUAGCAGACAUUACACUGAAGAGCAGCUUAGGGUAGCGUUGACAUCGAAAAUUGCUGAAACACACUAAACCCCCCCUUAGAAAAUAGAUAGAAAUCGUCGAGGGCUUUGUGUUCCAAGGCCAUGUUUAAAUUAAAAUCUCUGGUUUCUGCUAGCUCUAAGUAAUGUUUUUGUACUGAAGUUUGAGAUAUUAAGACGAAGACUACCUUCGUGUUAUUUUUUCAACUUGUACCUAGGUGGUUGUUGAAAAUAUUCUUGUACAUAAAUGUUAAGCCCGAUUAACUCAACUUAAUCGGGCUUUAGUUCAUGUAAUUAAACAUAAAUUUGCCUCCGAUUAUGUAAGAUUACAUAAAUGAAGAAGAAAUUUGAUGGCGGGUUAAUUUGA